AUGAGCUCUCCAAAUGUUUUGACUCCUUAUAUAAAGUCAUUGUUCCUUGAACAUCCAAAUUUGACACCUAAUGACCUAGCCAUGUGCCUUAGGUUCAUCUUCAAGGGCUUGGUCAAUGACACCCAAAUAGCAGCUUUCCUUACCGCAUUAAGGAUGACCGGUUUAGAUCAUAAGCCUGAGUACAUAGCUGCAGCUGUGAGCACAAUAUUGGAGUUUUCAAACGUGAUUUCUCCAGACCUGGUUGCCCCAGAAGGGUACAUUGAUAUUGUUGGGACUGGAGGAGAUGGACAGAACACAUUCAAUGUUUCCACGUCCGCAGCUAUCGUCGCUGCAGGUAUCGGCUUACCCGUCUGUAAACAUGGUGGUAAGGCGUCUACUUCUACAUCGGGUUCUGGGGAUCUUUUAAAGUGCUUGGGAAUUGAUUUAAUGCAUGUCACUGCUGAGACAGUUCCAGAAAUUGUAAAAAGCUCCAACUUUUGCUUCCUUUUCGCCCCAGCUUUCCACCCAGGAAUGGGUAAAGUUGCUGCCAUUAGAGCUCAGCUCGGUAUACCAACGAUCUUCAACAUCUUAGGACCAUUGAUAAACCCAAUCCCUUUGAAAGCCAAAGUCUUAGGUGUAUACAGUGAGGCACUAGGUGAAGCCUAUGCCGAGGCUACGGCAAAGCUUGAGGCAGAACGUAAGAUUCAUCAGAAAUCUAUUGUUGUCUUUGGGGAAAUUGGAUUGGACGAGGUCUCCCCAAUUGGAUUCACCAAGAUUUGGGUCGUUGAUGAAAAUGCUAAAAUAACCAAGUCCAGAAUUUCACCAUUGGACUUCGGAUUGCCUGAGCAUGAGCUAUCGCUAGUUAAAUCAGGAACCCCAGAAGAAAAUGCCGAGAUCUUGCUUCAUAUUUUGCGUCAAGACAAGCCUGAGUACAGAAUAAAGAAGGUAGGCGCCAACAACCACCCAUUGGUGGACUAUAUAUUGAUGAACACUGCUAUUUUGGCGUUUGCUGCCGGAAAGGCGUCCAACUGGAAGGAAGGUGUGGAACUUGCAAGGGUAUCGAUCGUUUCAGGAAGUGCAUUGAAGGCCUUGGACGGCUUCAAAGAUGCAAUUGAAAAGAGCAAGCAGCAGUAG